CACAGCAAAAAGGAAGCGGAUUAUCGCAAUAAACUGAAGCGAGCGCUGGCGUGGUAGUGCUAUAAGCACUAAAAUGGAAGUACCUGAACCUGAAUGUCAGUGGAGAUGGCGGACCUUAAUGUUUCGGUCUGUGCGGGAGUGCACUAAACAAAAAUUUGCCUCUGGCAGUGCAGCUACUGACCCUGACAAUGAGUGGGCGCUCUUUAGCCAUUUAGAAUUUUUAGGGGAACACGUCAAGCCAAGAAUCAUACCUCCGAGUCAAGCGGUCAGUAUAUCGGAGUCUGAGGAAAUAAGUGUACUGCAGCCGGAGGAGUUUUUUACACUGCAGCAAGAAGAAAGAAGUACGCCACUGCCUGCACCAUCCAAUGAUGGCUUUAUAUUUAGAGUAUAUUUCAGGCAAUUCGACGACAGAGCUUGUGGAGAACUCAAGGUCGAGCGCAACUACAAACAAUGGAAAGCGCGACAAUCAAAAGGUCAGCGAACACCUCAUUUCAUUUCAUGGAUUCCAUGAAAGAGGCGGUUACAA